AUGCUCGUAGCUGCUGUGCUGGGCUCGCCAGUGACCAAGCCUGCUGGCAUCACCUUCUUGCUUGGUCCCGUGUCCUUUGUGAUCAAGGUUGACUUGUCCCUCAUUGACGUGACCGUGGCCCUGAACUUCAACACUGGAUUUCUGCCGUAUUUUUUCUGGGACACCAUUCGUCGCAACCUUCGCCGUUCUCGUGCCAAGGCGCGAUUGGAUUGGUAUCUCUUUCAGAAAGGCUUCAAGUUGCUCACAACUGGACGACUUCAAGCCAUUCAUCAGGUUCUCUCAGCACAUCAUUCUCGCGACCCUGCGCUGCUGUCUCGCAUCCAUUUGGCUACAAUGGCGAAGAUGGAGAAGGAGUCUUGGCGUUGUGGAUGGUGCUGGAGACUAUGCAAACAAAGUCAUCAGCGCUGCCCAGACUGUGGAGGUGUUUGGGAAGACAGAGAUACCUCCUAUGUCCAUCAGGCACGUGGAUCGAGCCAGCGGCAUCGGACACAACAGUGGGACUAUGCUGGUGGAGCAGCUUGGAGUCAAUGGGACGAUCAACGGUCCUAUCAGCAACCUCAGCACCCCAAGUCCCCAAGGAGAAGUCAGAGCAGAAGCCGCAAGGGCAAGGGCAAAGGAAAGAACAAAACCAAGGCGUCGUCCUACAUGGCGGAGUCACAGUUUGGACCAUCAGCCCUUGGGAUUCAACUUCCUGCACCUCCCUGGCAGCCCGCUCCGACCACAGCGACUACUACGUCCAGCUCAAUGAUGCCAGCAGCUCCCAGUGCAGGUGGCGAUGCCCAGCUCCGUGGCUUUCUGAACGAGAUGAAGCAGAUCCCAGAUAUGCCAGCAGAUGCGCACACCAUCAUCCAAAAGUAUGCCAGGAAGCAACGAUCUUCCACCACCAAGAGCAUGCACCAAUCCGUGACAGAUCUGAGCGAGGCUCGAGAGGCCCUGGACCAAGCCCGACUGGCCCGACAUCAACUGCACGGAUCUUGGCGCACUUUCUUGGGAGAGGCUCUGGAAACAUGGCAGGCCUAUACCGAAGGCUUCAAGCAGCAAGAGACUGCGUUAUUGGCACGUAUCGAGGACGCCAAGCAGAACCUCAAUGCAGCCAAGGAAGUCUUCGAAGAGUGCCGAACUACGUUGAUCGACCUGUCCAAGAACGACCAGCAGUUGAUCGAGAGUGCAGAAGCGGCCAUGGCGACCGAGCAGGGCGACGAUCCUGCUGUUGCCCGGCUUCAGAUGGACCUCGACUCCAUGCAUGGCCAUCUCAAGACCUUGAAGGGCAAUGCCGAUGCGAUGGCAGUGGAUGCUACAUCCGCCAAACGGCCACGCCUGUCCGAGCCAGGGGACAUGUCCAACGACAACGAAGAUGGAGAGCCAUCCAAGCCUGGGCCAUUGGAGCCUUUUGGCACGGCCCGCAAGUGA